AUGUAUGUUUAUGGAGGAUAUGAAGUUAAUGAAGGUAUUUUGAGUGAUUUUUAUUCAAUGGUAAUAAAAAAUGCAUAAUCAUAUAAAUGGGAGAAAAUUUCAAACAAAGGAAAUAAACCUUAUCCUGGCCCUUUAAUGAGACAUACGGCAGUUGUUUUUUAAGAUAAAAUGUACAUAUUUGGUGGAAAUAAAUAAUCUCUUAAAUCUACAAAUGAUAUAUGGACUUAUGAUUAUAUAUACGAUGAAUGGCAAAAUGUUGAACCUAAAGAUUAGAUUAAACCUCUAGAAAUAGAUUCUCAUUGCGCUACUGUAGAUGAUACAAGGGCUUGUAUGUAUAUUUUUGGAGGCUUUUCAAAUGCAAGAAAUGGAGGGUAUUAGGAUAAACUGUGGUAAUUUAAUUUUGAUUCAUUUAGUUGGUAAGAAAUAGGAGAGCAAUCUAAAUAAAAACCUAGCAAAAGAGCAGGAGCCAGUAUUACUAUUUUAGGAUAAGCUAUAUAUAUGUUUGGAGGAACAAUUGUUGAUAAGAAAUUUAAUGAUAUUUGGAAAUUCAAUACUCAUGAAAAUUAAUGGGAACAAAUAGAAAUUUAAGAAAAUUCAAUAUAACCUGAAACAAGAAACGGACAUAUUUUAAUUAAUUUUAAAGAUAAUUUAAUAAUUUUUGGAGGUAUACAUGAUAUAACUCAUGAAAAAAAUGAUUUAUAUGUAUUUGCUCCUCAUAAUAAAUAAUGGCAUAUAAUUGAUGAUGAUAUUUCCCAUAUUUAAAAAAGAGAGGAUGAAAAUAAUAAUACUUCGUGUAUGCCAUUUUAAGAUAAUGCUAAAAACUUAAGUGCGGAUUAAACAUUAAAUACAUCUAAAUUGAAUUAUGAAGAAAACCAUAAUUUAUUAAAUAAAUAAUAACAUAGUUCUAAUAAAUAACUAAAAAAUUAUAGCUUUAUGGGUUGUACUCCUAUAUUUAAAAAAAAUUAUAAAAGUAUACUUAAAGGAAAUGAUACUAAUAUUAUUAUUAAGGAAGUACAUAAUACUUCUAAAAAUAUAAAUUAAAUGAAGGAAAAUAGAAAAAAAAAAUUCUAAAUAAAAAAAAGAAAUCUUUUAUAAGAAUUUGAACUAAAUGAAACUGAAAAAUUAACAUUUAGAAAUAAUUCACCAACUACUGAAACAAUGAAAAAUAGUAUAGUUUCAGUAGGAAACCCUAUAGGUAAAAAUAAGAACUCUUUAAAGAUUUAAGAUUAAAGCAAAACUAAUAUAUAGUAAUAAUUCGAUUUUAAAUAAAAUAAAGUUAUGGGUAGAAGACCAUGUGCUAGAGAUGGACAUUCGGCAAUAAUAUGUGAUAAUUAAUGCUUUAUUUUUGGGGGAGAUAGGCAUUUAAUGGCCUAUAAUGAUAUUUACAUUGUUGAUUUAGAUAAAAUAAUAAAUUCAUUACUUUCAUGA